AUGGUCGUUAUCUCGCAAUACUGCAAGGACUACAUUGACAUGCCUAAGCAGACUAUUCUUGCUACUUUCAACACGAUCAUCAGGCAUCUUGACGACUUCAUCCUCACGCACUACUUGAACGAGUCGAACCCUGACGUACUCAUGGCUAAGCUCAACAAACACUUCGACCCUACUAUGAGUGUCACAGAGUCAAACAACCUGUUCAAACUCUUCCACUUGCGCAAGCCCAUCUGGGAGCUUGACAAACUCCUUGACAAAGCGCACGACCUUUACGGUUGCAUUGUUGCCAAGGGAGUCAACGUCUCACAAUACAUCUACUACUCCGCCAUUGUCGGCAUCAUUCCUCCUGUGUACACCCAUGUGCGCGCUACCUACAAAGCCACUGUCUGGCAGCACACUGCUGCUGGCACUGCACCUAUUUUUGACCCUAAUGUCCUCAUCAUGGACUUACAUUGCGAGUUCGCCAACUACCGUGCAACUCACAAUAACAAAGGGUUCAAUAAGGCUGCUACCUAA